CCAGACCCUGGUUCGGUAUGGUAGAGACAGGGCAAAGUGCAAAGUACGAACUGAGAUUUGAAACCCAGACGAAGCGAAAAUGGGUUCAUCUAGUCAAGCCACGCAACUCGGCACCGACGCAGCUGCCACUCAUUCUCCUCAACUCAGGAAGGACUCGGUGACCAACCGGUGGGUCAUUUUCUCACCUGCUCGAGCCAAGAGACCUACCGAUUUCAAGUCCAAGUCGCCACAAAACCCUAAUCCUAACCCUACCUCAUGCGCCUUCUGCGUCGGUCACGAACACGAGUGCGCUCCCGAGAUUUUCAGAGUACCGGACGAACGGCAGUGGAAGAUUAGGGUAAUUGAGAAUUUGUACCCUGCUCUGAGCAGGAAUAUCGAGAAUCCAGUUGUCGAGAGAAAUAACCCGCGCGAAGAAACCGGAACGUCGGGGAGAGUCCUUGUCGGGUUUGGCUUCCACGAUGUGGUGAUCGAAAACCCGCAUCAUUCGGUUCAGUUGUCGGAUUUAGGUCCGAGUGAAGUUGGUGAUGUGUUGCUUGCGUAUAAGAAGAGGAUUGGGCAGAUUGCGAGCUGUGAUCUCAUUGAAUACGUUCAGGUGUUCAAGAACCACGGAGCAUCAGCUGGAGCAUCAACGAGUCACUUUCACAGCCAGAUACGGUAUCUCCCAACUGUUCCUCCCACCGUCUCUUCCCGGCUUGAUGGUAUGAAGGAAUAUUUUGAUCAGACAGGGAGAUGUAGCCUUUGUGAAGUUAAACCAGAGAACAUUGGGAUUGACAAAUCAAGCUAUUUCAUUUCAAGUCCUUUUGCUGCUGCGUUUCCAUUUGAGAUCUGGAUUGUUCCCCAGUAUCACUCUUCUCAUUUCCAUGAUCUGGAUGUCGAAAAGGCAGUCGAUCUUGGAGGAUUGUUGAAACUCAUGCUAAGAAAGAUGUCUGUUCAGUUAAAUAAUCCACCAUUCAAUUUCGCGAUUCACACUUCUCCCCUUAAAGUUACAGACUCGCAGUUACCAUACUAUCACUGGUUCUUACAGAUAGUGCCUCAGCUGGGUGUUGUAGGGGGCUUUGAGAUUGGAACAGGAUGUUACAUAAAUCCUGUUUUCCCUGAGGAUGCAGCUAAAGUUUUGAGAGAAGUUAAUGUUCCAAAUUAGUGGUUUAACUAGUCGUAAUCGUGCGUUAGCACAUAAAUCACAUGAAUAAAAGUGUUCGCUCUCUCCCUCUCUCUCUUUUUGAGAGUGCAAUUAUUGAUUAUUUUCUGUACCCUCGAUUUGUAUACACAGAAGGAUGAAGCUCAUCGAUUGUAAUUUGCAGGCAACGAAAAAAGUGAACAAUCUUUUUCAGUGGAAGCUUGCAGAGGGAAAAAGUUUCCCAUGUCCCCCCUCUUCAACCUUUGUUGCUUUAGUUUAUAGAACUAAAAACGCAAUAAAUGGGAAAAGUGUUUAUAGUGGUGGAUUUCAUGGAUUGAAA